GUUUUUUCCAUAAAUCCGGAAGAAUGGAUAACGACAAGUGGUCGUUUUUAGGGUUUUUGAUCCUAUCCCUUCUCCUCACAUACCAGUGUCAGAGCGUGUUCCGAUGGAUUAAAGGAGACAACCACUCUAAAGUACAAAAUCAGAUAGAUCUUAUUGAAAACUCCAACUGCAGGGCUAAAUCCAAGCAAGAUCUUACUCUGCCGAGAAAUUCGGUUUCCCAGAUUCCAAAAUUUAAUGAACUUCGCAGUAAGAUUUAUUACAAGAACAGAACAGCUUUAGUUCAGAUGCACAAUAUGGCGCUAAAUCGGGCGAUGUUCUACAGUUUCAUCAUGCAGAAAUUGAACAGUUCGGAGUCAUUUCCUAUCCAACCAAAUUGGCUACAGAUUUUCAUGUCAAUCACAGGUGACAUGAAUGGUAACAAAGAUGUUUUCAACGGUAGUAUGGUGGCUUUUGAUAACAACUGUUACUAUCCGAAUUGGAUGACGAACUUAAAUUUCAACAACACUCUUCCACUGUUUGCCGCCAAAUCCUGGCGAGCAGACGAUACGUUUGAUAUGGGUGUCAUCUUAAGAGAACCAACAGGAAGAACAAACGUUGUCAAGGAUAUUGGUUCAGGUACAAAUAUGAACUAUUCCAGUGAAGCCUAUAAGAUGAGUCCCUGGUACCAAUUCUGGCUCCCGGAUUUGACAUCAGAUGAAGACUCCACUCUUAAAUUUACAUAUUCUGUGAAGAUAAAAUAUUCAAAUGUUACCGGUGAAUUUAUCCACGAUGAGUUUGAAACAACCAACUUCUUUGGUCCCAAUUCUCCCGGACAGAGCGACAAGGAUGAAAGGCUACUUCCCGUUAGAUUCACUGACCCGUAUUUUGACUGUGGGGAUUCGAACUACUGGAUUUUAAGUGCAGCAGCGCCCAUUGUAGAUUACAUGCCAAGAUAUUCUAACUUUACACACCUGCGAAGACCAAGGUUCGUUGGCGUGGUAACCAUGGAUAUGCAUUUCCAGGAAAUUGAUUAUAACCCAUGUCCGGCAUCCAUUGGAAACCCUGAACCAUGCUACCUUUGUGGAGUUUCAAGAUGUAAAACCGUUACUACUGGGUGCAAACACAAAAUGGGUCGUGGUUUUAGACGUGGAGGGUACAUCUGUCAGUGUAAGUCAGGUCAUCACUACCCUUGGGAUGUCAAGGGUCCAUAUCUAGGUACAGACCUGGAGAAAGCUACAGAGGAAGAAUUUAUUCACAGCUACGAAUGUAUCCGUACCGACUUUCUGAGAGUUCCUCCCGUGGUAGAGAAUACUGACCCAGUUUCGUUCGAGGGUGGAAGCUCUGGAAAUUUCCAGACAGAGAGUAUACAACGGAGAGCUCUAAAAUCUGUUGUUGACGGCCGAGAUUUCAUUGAAAAGGUAAGAGAGCGUCGAGAAGAACCAAACGAACAGAAGAAAAAAAAACGAAGGAAACGCUCUACUAACUUUGAUGAAGUUGCUAUUGACAAAAUGAUGAAGAUUUUUAAGAAGAAAGCAGCAGUGACAAAAGCCAACUGCCACACAAUGUCUCCAUCUGCAUUAGUGUUACCUGGAGCUGUUGCAUACGGUGCCGACUCUCAGUUUGAAAAUCAGGCCAGAAUGGCUUUGCGAAUAUCCCACUUUCUCAGCAAUUUCAUGCAAAACACCGCACCAGACGAAAAUUUCGGAUACAUGAAAGGAGGCGGUAGACUUCACUAUGAUCAUUUGUUCGGGGAAGUCAUCUCCAAUGUCAUGUCCGACUUCAAAAUAGCUUCCAGUGGUAUAUUCUACGAACCGUACGUCUUCGAGGAUAUGGAUGGUACACCGAGAGAGUUCUUCGGUCCUCUAGCGUAUAAGGCUGACGGGAAUUAUUACGCCAUUGAUACCGCUGGACUGAAGGAGCGUUAUACUGAUGCUGAUUGGUACCGUGUCAUCAAAGAACGUUGGCAAACCAACACCAAAGGGGUACUGAAGUACCGGAUGAAGAGUCUUGUCCGGUCUGACAUUAACGGUACCAGCACCAUUAAACAUGAACACUACCCUAUGGGUUAUUUUGCCCCUAGUGUACAAGACGGGUACUGGACACGUCCUACUUUUAAAUGUGACGGACGAGUGGAUGAUUGGGUAGUUACCUAUGUCGUCCCCUUCAUCGGCAAGAAUGGAAUCAAGAAAACACUUCAUUUCAAGGGCAUGGUGACGGUCGAUGUACCUCUAGACUACUUGGAUAUUAAUCAGUGCGCCCAGCCAUUCGCUAUUGCAAACGCCUUUAAAAACACUGCUAGAUGUGACUACCGGACCCAAAAAUGCUCCCAGAUCUCGGGAUAUAAGUUUACGCGGGGAAACUACAAAUGCGCGUGCAAACGAGGUUACGAGUACCCGUUCAAAGACGGACGAGAGUGGGUUCAGGGAUCUCUCAUUGAAUUGGAGUACCAGAAAAAGCAGCAAGGCCUCUUUAAUUUGUAUGACGCUAUGAGGUGUAGGGUGUCCGGAGCCAGUGGUGUGUCGUACUCGGUUUCCACCAUCGCCUUCUUCCUCGUCCUGUCCAUCGUCAACAAGGCUGGCUUGUUGUAACAUCGCAAAACAUUUCCUACACUCAGACUCUCAGAAUGGAUGGACUCGUAAAACCUCAUUGAUGUUUACGAUAUUUUGUUUAUGAGUCUAAGACAUCCGGGUUUUUUUCCCAAACACGUGGAUUAUUUUUCAAUCACGUUCA